AGAAAUAUAAGGUGGUGGCCUUUCUCCUAAGGAGGUCAGAGUUUUCAAUAUUGGUGAUAAUGUUUGGAGACAUGUUCAAAGUUUUGCUAUGGAACCUUAUCGGUAUAGUUACACUUACAACCAGCUGAAAGCUGGUGUCUAUUUGAAAUUGAAUAAUAGUCUUAAUUGGUUUGCCCUCCGUGAUAAUACCCGACCUUAUUAUUAUGCUCUUCAACAAUUUGUGAUUAUCUCACUUGAUUUGGGAACAGAGACCUACACACACUUUUCGUUCCCUAAGGGAUUUGAAGAGUCAGUUAUUCGCCCAAUUGUUUGCGUAUUGAUGGAAUGUCUUUGUGUUUCUCACUAUUCCAAAGGGUUUGAUUUUGUUAUAUGGCAGAUGAAGGAAUUUGGAGUUGGAGAGUCAUGGAUGAAAUUGCUUAAAUUUGAUUCACAUGGAGUUGUUAAUAUGUUGCCAUUACAUGUUUUCGAGAAUGGAGAUACGAUGAUAUUUGCUAGCAGUCCUAACGAAAUAACUUGCUAUAAUAGCACAGAAAAUAGACUAGUAAGGCAAACUACAUUUAUAAAUAGCAUACACAUAAGUUGGUUUAAUGUGACCCAUUACGUUGAAAGUUUGGUUUCAACCUAUUGAAAGUAAGUUCCUUUCCUGCAAUCAUUUACUUGUUUUAGUUUCU